CCGGCGCCGGCGCCGGCGUCGUAGCGGUGAUGCGUGAGCGGAUUAUGGAAGCAGUGAAUUUCUGGUUGUGAGAUCAAUGAAUAGGCAGAAAUGUUGUCUGUGUUCCCCAAAAUUUCUCUCAAACCUGAGGUGGAAAAACAUCUCAGAAGUGUUUUCAGAAAUAAAGAGCUUCUGACUAGUUUGGGUGCUGAGGAGUGGAAUGUCAAAUUUGAAACUCUUUUAAGCUGUUUGUCCCAUCCUCCAGCUUUCACAAGCGUCAGAGUCAAUACUUGCUUGGUUUCGAUUGAUCAUGCUAAAAAGUUGCUUGCUGAAGAGAUUCAGAAGGAAUUUAAAGGACACCCUGUGGAUGAUAUUCCAAUAUUACAGCAUCCAAACCUUCCAGAUGUUAUUUUAAUUCCUAAUAUUGGUCCCAGGGAAAAUCUGCAAAGACAUUCCUUUGAAGUGAUUGUGGGAGCUCAAUGUGGGAAUGCAGUACUCCGAGGAGCGCACGUUUUUAUUCCUGGCAUUCUUUCAGCUCCAAGACUAAUGAAAGCUGGUGAUACUGUUUCGGUGUAUUCUGAUAUUCAUGGAAAAUGCAAAAGGGGUGCAAAGGAAUAUAAAGGAGCAAAAGUAUUUGUAGGAAAUGGAAUUGCUGAAUUGAGCCGCAAUGAAAUAUUUUGCUCAAAUUGUACUUUAAGGGGUGUGGGAGUCAGAAUGACUGAACCUGUCUAUGUUACCCCAUCGUUUGACAACCUAAUGAACAGCUUUCUGUUUUUACAGAACUUACCAUCAGUGGUCGUGAGCCACGUGUUGGAUCCUAAACCUGGAGAGCGCAUCUUAGAUUUGUGUGCAGGUCCUGGUGGAAAAACUACUCAUAUUGCAGCAUUAAUGAAAGAUAAGGGUGAAGUGAUCGCAAUUGAUAAGAUUGCAAAUAAAGUAAGAAAAAUAAAGCAGAACGCUGAGAACUUACAAUUGAAGUGUAUACAAGUGUUUUGUUAUGAUGGAACUAAAGCCCUUGCAAAAGAAGGGAUUUGGAAUGAGCAAGAGGGACCUCCAUUCCCAGCAGAAACUUUUGACCGGGUACUUCUGGAUGCGCCCUGCAGUGGGUUAGGUCAGAGACCUAACAUGGCCUGUGACUGGAGCGUAAAGGAAAUCACUUCUUACCAGCCUCUGCAGCGAAAGCUAUUUAGAGAGGCAGUCAAGUUACUAAAGCCAGGAGGCAUCUUGGUCUAUAGCACCUGUACGAUAACAUUGGCAGAAAAUGAAGAACAAGUCGCCUGGGCACUAAGUACUUUUCCUUGCUUACGGCUCCAUCAACAGGAACCUCACCUGGGUGAAGGAGGUAUGAUGAGUAAUGGACUUUCAGAAGAUCAGUUGAAAUUGCUGCAGAGAUUUAAUCCAUCUAGUGUAUCUGUAAAGGACACCUUUGCUUUUUCUUCACGUAUGGAUUUCAGUCAGAUGACUGAUUUAAUUAACUUAGCCAAUAAGGACACAAUAGGCUUUUUUAUUGCAAAAUUUAUUAAGUCGCAGGAUGCCUAACAGUUACCAGGACUGUGAUUAAAAAUCCACAAUUACUAGCAAUUAGUAUUAAAUAAAAUGUUUUUAAUGGCCAUAUUAUUUUUAUUGUAAAGAAUGAAAACUGAUUUCCCAAUGUUUCUGGUGUAUAGUCAUGUCAUUGUAAUAAUUCCCUAUAUGUUUUUAUAAACUGAUUAACAAAAGUUCAGAUGACAGCAUCAUCAGUACAUUAUUCCUCUGACAGCAAACCAAAGGCAUAGUUGCCAUGGUAGCAAUGGAUUAUGCCAGCUGUUGGUUGAGAUCAUAUACCAUGUGCUGACAAAGAUCAUUAGAGGCUUUUGCAUUUCAUUUAGAAUCCGGAUUACAACAUUUAUUUUAAACCUCUUUCUCUGUUUUUACUUGAAAACAGAAAUGAAAUUUAAUGUUGAAUAAAUGUGAGAUACAUAAUGUCCCUUUUUCAUUUAUAGUUUAAAUACAAGGAUAACUUAAUAUUUUAGUAAUUUAAAAUGGAGAAGUAUAUUUCAGUCUUUCAUUUUAUGAUUGUAAUAAAUUUUAGAUUUAAACCUUUUAUGUUAAGUAUUUCUUUGAAAGGAUUAAAUGAGCUGUAAAAGCAUACCACCUUCCUAUCAUUUUCUUCAGCCACACUUGGUCUUACCAUUAUUUCAUAUUUGCACUACUCAACCAUGAAUCUGUCUUAUCCUUGGUGGGUUUUUUUUUGCAUAUUGUCAAUCUAUUUCUCCUUCCACACAUAAUCUUCCAGCUUUUCAUUCGCUCAGUUAUUUUGCAAGCUAACUACUUCCUGCUUGACCUAUUCACUGAUCAGACUAUGGUUUCCACUUUCCCUAACUGGAGCUACACUGCAGUAUUGUUCCUUCUGCUAGGUUAGAAAUAUGCACUUUUGUAAAGGCAGUAUAUCUCACUUCUGCCAUUUCUAGCUUCAUAACCAUAGAUAGCCCUUCCCCCGCAGCUUUAGUCAUAGCCUAUUGGCAACCAGCUUACUUUUUCAGAAAACAUAACAUAAAUUAGAAUCUGAAACAAAAACAGAAAUGCUGGACGAACUCAGUUGUGAGGAUGGCUCGCUUAGCCAAAAUGUUAACUGGUUUUUCUUUCUACAAUGCUAAUUAAGUGUUUGUUUUUUUUGUGGUAUUACUGUUUUAGCAAUGCUUUUCUACAAUUUUUGAUCUCCUAAUACAAUUUGUUCCUUGCAUAGCACUACUUCUCUAUUUUGGAUCUUACUCCCAACUCUGUAAAGAGUUUGUGCAGUUUUCCCCCAUGACUACAUGGAUUUCCUCCAGGUGCUCCGGUUUCCUUCCACAGUCCAAAGAUGUACCAGUGGUAGGUUAAUUGGUCAUUGUAAAUUGUUCCGUGAUUAAAUUGGGGGAUUGCUGGGUGGUGCAGCUGGAACGACCUAUUCUGCACUGUAUACAUAAAAUCUUUGGAUGUGGAAGGGAACCCAUAUGUCCAUAGGGAGAAUGUAUAAACUCAACUCAGGCAUCACCCGAGGCAAGAAUGGAAUCUUUUUUUGCUGCUGCAAGGCAAUAGCUCUAGCAGCUGCAAAUCCCUAUUGCCACAUAAAAUAUUUUAUUCAAAUAUAGGCAUCUUGCCUUUUCACAUUUUAUGCAUCUACCAAGAAUUUUUAAAAAAUAAUGUAUUGUGUGCAGUUUUGGUCACCUAAUUACAGGAAGGAUAUAAAUAAGGUUGAAAGAGUGCAGAUAAGGUUUAGAAGGAUGUUGCCGGGACUUGAGAAACUCAGUUACAGAGAAAGGUUGAAUAGGUUAGGACUUUAUUCCCUGGAGCGUACAAGAAUGAGGGGAGAUUUGAUAGAGGUAUAUAAAAUUAUGAUGGGUAUAGAUAGAGUGAAUGCAAGCAGGCUUUUUCCAUUGAGGCUAGGGGAGAAAAAAAAGAGGACAUG